CUUGUUGAUUGUUCGCUCACUUCAAGUCAGUCCGCCGCGAACGAUGUGCAGGGUGGUUGUGUACGGCGUGGCCUCCGAUCUCGCUAACUUUGAAAUAAUUUUACGAAAAUAUUAUGUGAAGUUUCAAAACAUAAAUUCUUUGACGAACACUGCACUCCGGUGGCUUGUAUAUUAGUGUCUAGUUAAAUUAAAUGUUAUAAAUAGUUAGUUUUAAUUCAUUGUAAUUUAAUAGGCCUACUCGUUUUACCUGCAUACUUCGUCCCACGACCGCGCCGCGAGGUGGUUACCUACCUUAUCCGAUAAACGAAUAUUUUUCAAAUGGAUGUGAGUUGAGUUCUGUGAGCUAGUGUGCGUGUUUAGUGAUUACGAGACUCCGUGAGAGCGUGCUUCAAGAUUGUGACAUGUUUUUACAUUAGUGACGUGAAAGAGUAAAUAAUAAAAAUUGUUAUAAACAUGUUCGCGUGGAUCAGUGAGAUGGGCAUCUUGUACAUGUCGGUAUGGCUGUGUUCGGUAGCGGUGGCGUCGUCGCAGUAUACUAAAGUACGGGAACACAACCACCACGUCACAAGAUUAAGGCAUUCCAGGCAUCUAGAAGGGUAUCUACCUAUACAAACAUCUGCCUUUGUACCAGCCACGUCGCCGAAGUUGGCAGUGAAGGACAAUCACAAACCACUCUUCACAGAAUGCUUGAACUAUAGGCCGACAGUCAAAGAAGAACAGCCAGUCGGGACUUAUGUAUUCACGGUCCACGCAGAAGACCGGGAUCCUCCCGAGAUGGGUGGGACGGUUACGUACAAGUUCGUGUCCACUCCUGGUGAAAAGGAGAGGUUUCACGUAGACCCCGAGUCUGGAAGAAUAACUACAGCAGAUAUAUUCGAUCACGAUGAACCGUCCAGAGAGAAAGAAGCGUAUAUAACAGUAAGAGCGAGUGACAACGGCCAGCCGCAGUUGGACGAUGCCUGCACCAUCAAAAUACUUAUAGAGGACAUAAAUGAUAACCAACCGGUCUUCGACAAAGUUUCGUACUCCGAGUCAGUACCACAAGAUUUGCCAAGCGGUAGAGAGGUGAUGAGAAUAUCUGCAACGGAUAUUGAUGAUGGAAACAACUCAAUAGUACAUUACAGUUUAGAUUCUAAUUCACCAGAUCAAGCAUAUUUUUACAUUGAUCCAGAUAACGGGGUCAUAUUUUUGAAUAAGACUAUUGAUAAAGCGCCCGGCUACAAGUUUAAACUGAGCGCGAUAGUGAAAGAUAUGGGCGAUCCGCCUCAACAAAGUUCCAUAACUUUAGACAUCCAAGUCGUUGAAUCUAACAAGAAAAGCCCAUCGUUCAUAGAAGUUCCGGACGAGCCGAUUAGAUUAAAAGAAAAUUACGCCGAUUUUAAUACACCCAUAGCAACAGUGAGGGCUGUAUCCAAUAUACCAGAAGAAAAGAAAUUACAGUUCGAAUUAGUGCAAGGCCAAACCGAACAGACUAACAAAUGGCAUACAUUCGUACUCGAACCCGAAGCAGACUCGGCUUACAUUAAAUUGGGAAACCAUUUGGAUUAUGAGAAGAUCACUGAUUACACGCUUACUGUUAGGAUUCAGAACAACUAUAAAUUAGCUGCAGAAACCAUAAUCCAAAUAGAAGUUGAAGAUGUAAACGACAACAUUCCCAUAUUCAGUGAAAUAAGAUCGGGUAGUGUGCUUGAAAACGAGAGUCCAGGCACUCCCGUGAUGCAAGUGAGAGCGUUUGAUGCUGACGGUACUUCAGCCAACAAUCAGAUCACGUACGAACUCGGAGACGAAUCCGAUCCUUUCGCUAUAGACAGCAUCACUGGCAACAUCACAACACUGAAAAUGUUUGACAGAGAAGAACGGAGUUUUUAUAACAUCAAAAUCAUUGCUACCGAUAAUUCAGAGUCUGCUUUAAUUCCUGGCAAACACAAUUCUGGUCAGCAAGUGUUCCUUAUUGAGAUUGCUGAUAAGAACGACAAUCCUCCGCAUUUCACUCAAGAUACGUAUGUAGCCGAAUCUAUUGCUGAGAAUGCUAAUAUGAACGAACUUGUAACCGUCGUUAAAGCUGUGGACAUUGACACGGCAUCCGUCGUCACGUAUAGCAUUGUUGCUGGCAAUACCUACGAUGCUUUCGUCAUCAGAAACUUUACCGGCGAGAUAAGGGUCAACAAUGUGCUUGAUUACGAGAACAUCACUAGCUAUAGUCUCGAUGUACGCGCAUUCGACGGCAUAUACGAAGACUAUGCCAAAGUUAUUAUCAAUAUUGAGAAUUUGAACGAUAACCCUCCAGUCUUUCUUGCCAAUUACACUAAAACCAUUGAAGAAGAAAGAUUGUACGAAGGUUGUGUUGUGAAGGUGGAAGCCUACGACCCCGACAUAAAAGACAGAAACGCACCACAAAACAUAGUUUACUCUUUGAUCAAGCAAGAGCAGAAGGAAUUUUUGAAAAUCGACAAUGACGGCUGUUUGCGAUUGACCAAGCCGUUGGACAGAGACCAGCCUUCAGGCUUCACGAGAUGGCAGAUCUUCAUCAUGGCCGCUGACCACGGCGGCAGACUUGGUUCUGACAGCUUGAGAUCCACCACUGAAGUCAUUUUGGAGUUGACUGAUAUUAAUGAUAACCCGCCGUUCCUGACUAACACGCAACCAGUCAUAUGGUACGAGAACGAACCGGCAGGUACAGUCGUGGUAUUAACUGCGAAGGACUACGAUUCUAAUGAAAAUGGACCUCCAUUUACAUUCGCUCUCAACGAGUCUGCGUCCUUUGACAUCCGAUCGAAAUUCCAUAUACAAGGCAACGUGCUGUCCACACUCGUAUCAUUCGAUAGAGAACAAAGGAAGGAGUACAAGAUACCAAUCGCUAUCACUGACUCUGGAACACCUCGGCUUACCGGAGUCUCAAUUCUUCACGUGGUCAUUGGAGAUAGAAACGACAAUCCCAUGGGCCCGGGACAUAGCAAUAUAUUCGUUUACAAUUACAAGGGUGAGGCCCCGGACACUGAGAUUGGACGAGUAUACGUGGACGACCCUGAUGAUUGGGAUCUUCCAGACAAGAGGUUCAUGUGGCUACCCUCUUACGAACAAAGGAGUCCGUACUUCGACGUGCACAGAAACACUGGAAUGAUUACCAUGAAGGAGGGAACUCCGAACGGCACUUAUCUUUUGAGAUUUAAUGUAACCGAAGCGAACGAGCCCCUAGUACCGUUCCAUUGGGUUGAAGCAACUAUAAACGUGACAAUCAAAGAGAUCCCUGAGGAAGCUGUCGACAAGUCUGGAUCAAUACGUUUCGUCAACAUGACUGCUGAAGAGUUCAUAAUUCCUGAGGAAGAUGGUACGAGUAAAAAGGACAAACUGCACCACCUCCUCGCCCAGCUGUAUAACACUUCUUUAGACAACGUGGACGUGUUCACCGUGUUCAGCAAACUGACUGUGAAGGAUGUGUUUCUGGACGUUCGGUUCUCAGCACACGGAUCUCCGUACUACCCGCCAGAGAAACUUGACAGCAUGGUGGUUGGCAUACAAGAGAAGGUGGAAGAACUACUCCAAGCCAAGAUCUACAUGGUCCACAUCGACGAGUGCCUCAUAGAGAAGGAGCAGUGCGAAGACUCCUGCAGGAACGUGUUGAUAAAGAACAACGUUCCUCUCUCCGUGUACACCAACACCACCAGCUUCGUGGGCGUCUCUGCUAGAGUCGAGUCUGAAUGCACUUGUGACGUGGUGGAGCCUCUCGUGUGCCUUAAUGGAGGUACCCCGUUCGCGGACAAAUGCGAGUGCCCAGAAGGUCUCUCAGGCCCUCAUUGCGAGCAGACCUCAAUAGGUUUCCAUGGCGACGGCUGGGCCAUGUACUCCUCACCGCCGGCGUGCCAUGAGGGCCGAGUCACUCUGACAGUGACGUCACACGCGCCCAACAGUUUAGUGUUCUACGUGGGACCUUUGAAACAUAACCCGUUGUUGGAUGUGCAAGAUUUCAUGUCGCUAGAACUAGUCGAAGGGUUCCCGAUAUUGUUAGUUAACUACGGGUCAGGAACGACCCGUCUCAAUAACAGUGUAGUGUUCGUUGCUGAUGGAAAGCCGCAUCUCAUUGAGAUUGUGCUGAUGAGAAGUUCGAUAGAAAUGUUCGUGGAUAGAUGCAAGCUGUCCACUUGUAUGAGCCUAGCUGCGCCCACUGGACCGCGGGAAAUAUUGAACGUCAACGGCCCGCUACAGCUGGGAGGCGCUAGCAUCGACCUGCAGCACCUGGCCCGCUCCUUCGGCUGGGGUCACGUGCCGACCAAUCAGCACUUCGUCGGCUGCAUCAGCAAUUUCACCUACAAUGACUUCAUGUACAAUUUGGGUCAGCCGUCGGUUCACAAGAACGCAGAUCCAAGCUGUCAAAGGAGUAUGUUCACGGCAGUCACAUUUGGGAUAGACACAAACUUCCUCGUCGCCAUACUCGUCUGCAUAGCUAUAUUAGUCAUACUAUUACUAGCAGUAGUCGUACAUCGGCGACGGGCGGACGCCUGGGCAGAGAAAGAGUUGGACGAUAUUAGAGAGAAUAUAAUCGCUUAUGAGGACGAAGGCGGCGGCGAAGGUGACGCUGGCUUCGACCUUCAGGUCCUCAGGCAGAUGUAUGACGGCCCACCGCCUGACACUGAGACUUUCAUGCCUGCGAGAGGCUUAGUGGGUGCGGCACCAGAUAUAUCCGGCUUUUUGGACGACAAAAAGUCGGUGUUAGAUCGGGACAACGAAAUCAACCCGUACGAUGAUGUGCGACAUUACGCAUACGAAGGCGAAGGGAACACUAGCGGGUCUCUGUCAUCGUUGGCUAGCUGCACAGAUGACGAAGAUCUCAAAUUCAACUAUCUAUCAACAUUCGGACCCCGUUUCCGCAAACUGGCGGACAUGUACGGAGACUCGGACGACGACCGCGCGCCACACGAGGAGUCUUGGUGCUAGCGCCACGCCUGGCUCGUGUAGCCACGCAAAACACUACUAUAUGACUGUAGCAUAAGGGCGAUAACGCCCAGUGCCUAAGCUUGGUGACGCCAUUGUGAAAGUCCAAGCUUCAAGAUGCCUUACUGCUUCACGGUUUUCAAUAUAUUUAAGUGAUUUCCCACAAUGUUUUGGACCCCACCGUUGUUUUACGUAUAUGCCAAGCCUGUGAUAAUUGAAUGCAGUGUCUUUUCUUUCUGGUUACGAAUUAACUAAAUCUAAGUUUUGUACGUUCGGUUUUCGCGCCUAAUUUUCUUAUGACUUGCAUUACGGUUUAGUCUCGACGUUUCGUUUGACAAUGUAUCGUGUUCUUUAAAAUGUUGAGCGUAAAGUCGAGAUUUAAAGUCGUUGAAAAAUAAUCAGCAUGUGUAAAAUUAUGUGGAAUAUAGAUACGAAUUUUGUCGUUUUUUUAUAGUAAUGAGAAUACGAAACAAAGUAGAGAUAUCGUUUUAAACAUUUUCUUUUAUUUUUUUUUAUGUUUAUGACUUGUACAGGUUAAGGACUUGCAGAUUAAAUGUUUAGCGCCACUGAUAUAACAAACAAAUUGUUAUUAAGUAUUUCAUACGAUUCAUUCCGAUGCAAUGAUAUGAAAAUGAUCUAUAACAAUUAUAGUAAUAGAUACAUCCAUUGUCAACCAUUGGUUGGACCUUACCAUUAUAUGAUUUAUUAAUAUUUUGUCUCACUCACGAUUUUUUGACGUUUCGGGGAAAAUUAUAAAACAUUAUUAAAUUAUAACAAUUAAGCUAAUGCAAUUUAAGACGGUUUUACGUUGUCUUGUUUGAAGUGUAGUAUAUGUAUGGCCAUAAAUGUUUAAAUAUCCCAUGAUAAAAAAGGAAAAAAAGGUCGCAAACAGAAAUUAGUUUUUUUUGACGAUUCCCACAAAUUAACACUUUUGGAAUAGGUCAUAAUUUUAUUAAGAGUGCUCUAUGUUUGAUUAUUUUUAAGUAAAAUUUUACUAAUAUCAACAUCUAUGACAUUCUGAUUCGUAGAACGAUUGGCGUAUUUAAACAUUUAUAAUACUAAAUGAGAAUCGACUAAUUUCAAUAUAAUGUCCCCGUCCAUCGAAUUAUUGGCCUGAGUAUGUCAUGUUUUAUUGCGUUAAAAGUCUAGAGUAUUUUGGACUCUAAGACUCCAUUGCUAGAGCCUAGACUCGUAUUUUGUGACCUGAUGUAAAAAUAUUGAUUGUGUAACAAAUAAAGCAAACUAACUUAUAAAAAACUGAAACUCAAAGCCGUAAAAAGUUAUUGUUUUGUACGUAAUUCAUUAGAUUAAGGUUAAUAUUUACUUGUGAUUAUUAGAUUAAGAUGUUUUACAUGAGCGUGUUUAAUGGUAUUAAUAUUUUCAUCGCGAUUUUCGUGGGUCAUUAAUGACCCACAUAAUUAAGGUUAUUAUGGUUAAAACAUUAAAAUAUGUGGAUUGUGAUGAAGAUCUUAGUGUGGACUUUAUCUUCUAUUUCCGUAUCUUGGGACAUAAAUGACCCCUGUUUUUUGGAUUUUUUUUACGUUGCAGCAAAAAAUAAGAUCAGUCUGAUAUUAGUAACUAUCACACAUUGACAUUCGUAUUUUGAUCUAUAUAUUUUAUAUUAUUGACUGAACCGAAAAAAAACCGUAAUAAGUACAUGUCCAAUAAAAAUUAGUCCAUCUUAACAGUCUACUCAUAACUUGUAUAUUUGUUUAGUGCCAUUUUAAUAUAUUAUUUUUAGGUUGCCGUCUAUUAUAAGUAACUAUGCUCAAAAGACCAAUAUAACAGUAAAUUUGUUUCGGCACUACGUAUUCUAAUUGUGUUAAUUUAUUCAAUAUCUUGUGUAUUUUUAAUUAAAGCCUUAUUUUUUUUUUUACCCAGGCGGCGUUAGGUUAUGAAUAAAAUGUAAAGCGAUUAUUUUGCAUAGUGACCAUAUUUAAUUACUCAUUGUUACUAACAGAGAAUCUGAUCGGAAGUGACAUUUAAGAGAAAUUUGAAUACAAGUGACGUAUGGGUCAAAAAUGACCCAUAGUGGUAUAUGAGAUGAAAUUUGUAAAUAUUAUGUAAAUAUGUUACAAUUAAGGUAAUUUUGUAACGUUAAUGCUAGGUGUAACGUACACGGUGUCUUAUCAGUAUGCAUAUCAACGAAUUAUAUUUAUCUGUAAACUAAUCCGUUGUUUGGAGAAUUCUUGUACCUAGAUUUGUAAUGGACUUGGAUAUUCUAACCGCAUCAGAAUUUAGCACUAUGUAUUGGGGGUCGUGACCACUGCUUAGAUGUAUUUUUUUUUUUGCUAACUUUAUGUUUUUUUACUUUUUUAUAUAAAUGUAUUGACACUGCAUUGUGUGUUUAAUGAUUUCAAUCCCCUAAUUUUUUGGGCAUCAAAAUACUAUAAAAAAAAUUUAAACUAACAAAACUUGCAAACAAUAUAAUAGGACCACCUAAUAGGUUUUUCAUAGUCGAGGAUUCUCGCCUUUAUUGUGUCGGUAUUAAGAACGUAGCCAAUGUAAUUACUGAGCUUUAUGGAACAUAAUGGUUCAGUAUGAAUAGAAGUACAAUAAGAUUUGAAUUAACACAAUAUACUUACCCAAUAUAUCGUUUCUCAAAGUUCACUCUCAGGAUUCAACAAGUUACAGUCGUGGCGGGGGGGGGGGGGGGGGUUGUAAAUUAAAUCUUUUAUUUUAUUUACUUUUGUCACAUGUGCCAAUAGAUAGGGGGGCUCUCGUGACUUAUUUGUUGAAAUAAUUUCAUUUUCUUGUUCUUGGGUGGCACAUUUUUGGUCCGCCCCGAGUGGCAAAAACCCACGCUAAGCCACUGGUUUCCAGGAAUUUAUAGCAUUCUUUUAUGAUUUUAAACGUUUUCAAUUACCGACACUUAACAAGAAAUUGAACAAAACUAAACUUUUAAAAAUGACAGCUUAAGACUGCAGUUGGUACGUGUGUAUCCGCCCGAAUAGCGACCACCGUACCCAAGGUUUAAAACCCGGUAUAGUGGCCCACGUAAGUGUGUCGCGUUCCGAGAUCAGCCUAUGUAUAUCCAGUUUUAAAUAGGCCGGCAUAAUUAUGUCAACUGGCGUGGUAUAAUACUCUCGUCAGUCGAUAUUUUGACUAAACACCAUUCCACUUACAAUCAGGUGCAGAGCGGUCACUUUAUCAUGCCUAUAAAUAAAAGUAAUAUUGAACCGCAAUUAAGUAUAAUUUUAUAAAGCUUUUAGCAACUAAUGUUAGUAUUAUGUGUAGUGAUUUAGUUACAAUGUAUUUAUACAAUUAAACUUUAUGAAGUCGACCUCAGUCCAUCCCAUGACCAGUUAACGUGGUCACGACCCCCCAAAUCUUGUUACGUUUGCGCUUUAAUAGUCUUUACAUUCCUUAUGCUAGUGACAUCAUUAUACAUAACUAUGUAUUUUUAAAUAUAUUUUUUUACUACGGCGAAGAGCGUUUUUUAGCAAAAUAGUGCCAGAUAGCGCGCGUUUAGCUGCCAAAACAUACCCUAUAAUUUUUUUUGAGCUAGUAGCAUUCAUUUUAGGUAUUCCAUUUAUUAUUUUUAGUAAACCAAAAGCGAGGACGUGUAAUUAAAAUUGUUAUUGAUGUACAUUCUUGAUAGAUUGGAUCAAUUAUUGGUACUUAGUAUAACGGUGUGCAUAGUAAUGGACACCAGCAGAAAUUAUACACUGCCAUAAUUAUAAUUAAGAAUGUAUGUUUACCAUCCAUUUGCUUUCUCACAAACCUAGGCAUAUUUUACUCGGCGAGUAAUUAUAAGUUAGACAUAUUUUAUUCCGCAAUUAAUAACUGUUAAUUGAUAAGUUAGGCAUAUUUUCUCGGCAAGCAUAUUAAUAUUAAGCGUCAUAUUUUAAGCUGUGGGAUAGCAAAUGGAUAAAGAUAUUGUCAUUGCAGUAUAAAAUGUUUCCGCAACUUAAAUAUAAAUGUCUGUAACUUAAUUUAAGGAAUAUAAUUUAAUGUAGUGAAGGACACUUUGUAUAAUUUAGUCACUCGUAAUAUUACUAUAAUUAUUUACAGUACGUGGACAUGAAUGUAAUUUAUGUGUAAAGAAGUAUUGGGGGGCGCGUGACCCCCCGAUCGAAGUCUGAUUGCGUCCAUUUAAGCUUGAACUUAUAGGGAUGGUACGAGUGGCGACCGUAUGGUGUAAAUGAUGAUUGUUUUAUACUAGAAUAACUGUCGAUGUGUUGGGGCCUAACGAUACAUUUGGUAUUUGCGACGAGCGACUCUCUAUUAUACCACGUGGAAAUUGCGAUUUGACCACAUUUCAAUCGAUGUUUUACAAUAAUGUAAGUCGAUAAAACAAUGCAUCAUCAACGAAAUCGCUAUUCGUAGAUUCUAAAUGUAUCGUGAGUAACAGCCCUAAUGGUUAUGAUCGAUUGAAAAAUAUACAUUCAUCCCUUCUAUAACAACUUUUCGCGGGUAAUCACUUUAGGAUUCCGAAAUACCUUCGUCCCUUCUAUAACAUCACUUUCGUAGGAAAUCACUUUAAGAAUCCACAUAAGGUAGAGAAACCAAGCUGGAUAUGUUGGGGUUACCAGCAUGCUAAACACGACCCCGCGGUAACCUUCGUCCACGCAUUAGAGGCGGCUCCGGAGUACCAUAAAUCAUUACUUCAGAUCUCUACCGUCUAAAAUGAACCAGAAAGCUUUAAUUAAAAAAAUAAUUUGGAUGUAUUUUUUAUUUUGCCCUUUUUUUCGUAUUGGGUAUGUAGUUAUAGUAAGAUUUUUUGAACAGUUUUUCGUUAUUGAUUAUUAAUCGAUCAUAACCGGCAAAUGUCAUGCGGGCAUCAUGACAAAUUAGCUUAUGACAGAAGUAAAUUAAAGAAAAAUGUUAUAUAUUUGGGUUGUUCUCAAAAAAGUGGCACUUAACGCCUUAGAGUUGUAAGCGACGCAUACAUUUUGCAUUAUGGGAAUUUAGAACUUAAAGUAUGUAACUAAGGACUGAUUUUCAAUCUCACGAAUAAAUUAUAAUCCGACGAAAUAUAAAAGUGAACAGACUAUAAUUCAAAUACAACUGCCUUUGCAUCUGUUCGUGUUAUAUUUUAUUCAAUGAAUAUCUUCUGCGACAGAAAAUCAGUCUAUGCCUACUUCAGUCCUUUUGCAGGUAAGAUUUCUAUAAAUCAAAAUAUAUGCAAAACUACGUAUAACAGAAAUCGAUAAUUACAAAACUCUUAAGAGUUUCACAACUUUUUUGAUAACAACCCAUUUCAUUACGACUGAAGGUAUUGUAAUUCUAGUUAUAGAAUAUGCAUUGAGACCUAUUAAACCUUUUUAAUACUGUUUAUAUAGAAAUAAAAGGCUAAAUAUGAAUAAAGUCAUAAAAUUUA